AUGGCCGAUUUUCGGCAGCUCGCCCUCGAAUAUGUCCUGGCCGAUGAUGAAGCCAAGCUCACAUCUCUUGCCAAACAGGCAGCCUCGGAACUGCAGAGUGCUGCCGCCCCCACCAACCCAGUCGCCAGAUGGGUCGAGGCGGUUCAGCCAUGGAUGCCUGGGAGUCAAGGGGACGAUGAGAUGGCUGAUGGCGACUCGCCAGACUGGACAGCCAGAGCCAAAGCCUUGGAGUUCCUGUCACGGACACUGGACUAUCUCGGAACAGACGUCCUGAAACCAAGUCAGAUCAAGCUGCUGGUAAGCUUCUUCGGAGCCAUGUUCGACAUUGAUCACAAGGCGGGCAUCCUGGCAUCAGCAACUGCACUGUCUAGAAUCUCCGCCAUGAAGUCCUUCCAACCUACAAGUGCCAACGACAUCAUCCAAAAAGUGUGCACCCUGAAAGACGACUUCCCCCGCCAGGUCGCAAAGACCCGCCUAGCAGUCUUUGAGCUGCUCAAGUUUCUCAUCACCUCGCCCGAGACUUCCAAGGCUCUUCAGUCGCGCCAUGGAUCCUCGGCCAGCUUCAUGUCCGACCUGAUACGUCUGUGCCAGAAUGAGAGAGAUCCGGCAAACUUGAUGGUUUGGUUUGAGAUACUGACGUACUUCCUCCGCGCGUACUCCCCGUCUAAGGAGAUCUUAGAGGAGGUCUAUAAUACCUUCAAGGCAUACUUCCCCAUCAGUCUGCCGAGAACCUCUCCCACUGGAAUUACACCCGACCAGCUCAAGCUGUCUCUAAGGGCAUGUUUCUCCUCGAACAAGGACCUGGCACCACUUACCUUCCCUUUUCUGUUGGGGAAAUUGGACCAGGGAGACGGUGUCACCGCAAAUGUCAAGCUUGAUGUCCUUAAAACAAUCCAGGCCUGUAUCGAGGAGUACCAGAACCCACACGACUCCGUCACCCCUUACUUUAAUCAAAUUUGGGGCAGCUUGAAGUACGAAGUGAGGAAUGGUGAGGUGGAGGACUCAAUAUGGGCAACCCUCGAGGUCCUCAAGGCCAUCGCUGUGCGACUCGAAGGUGAAGACCUCCGCGACUACGCCCUGACAGUCACGCGUGACUGCGUCAACGAUCUUUCGAGCACUCUCUAUACGGCGCCAGCUGGUCGUCUCCUGGUCAGUGUAUUGAGCGCAGGCCCCGCUUCGUUCGUCCUCAUGGCCGCACCAGCUGUUACCCAUAUCAAGGAAAACCUGCGACACCCAAAGGCGCCUGCUCACAGCCGAGACUUGCUCAAGCUCUUGCAAGUAAUCCUUGAGACACGCAUCUUCCUGGUCGACGCCAAGAUGACGACUUCUGAGAGGAGCGAUUUCAGCGCCAUCGACAGCAUCUUCAAGACGCUUUAUGACGACGUUUUUAGGAAUCCAGUUCAGUUGGGAGCCAAGGAGGGAGCUACCGAGGAUGAAAUCAGGCUUGCCACUGAAGCUGUCCAAGGAGCUGGAGCACUGGUUUGCCAGCGCUCAUCCGGGUCUAUCGCCACCUCUGAUGGGACGGUGACAGCUAACGAUGAGAACGAGAAGUUGUUGCCGGAAAACACGUGCUCUCAGAUUUGCGACUCCUUAUUUUCCAUAAUUACAUACGGAAAUAGUGCCUCGGGACAGGCUUCUCGCUCGAAAGACUCGGACGAGCUUGUCAAUUCUACCACAACUGCACUGCAGAGAGCUGUUACGGCAAAUCCCAAAGCCUUCCCAACCUUAGUUGAGAAGGCAUUUGAGAUUGUUAAUGCAUCGCCUGGUGAGCAGGAUAAGGCUUCAUCUGCUCAUGUCUUUGGCUCUCUUCUCGCCUACGUAGGCUGCUCAAAGCUGCCCCAAAAGCCGGCAGAAGGUCUGCGAAAUUAUCUGACGCUGGUAAAAUCUCUGCAAGUGGAGAUUGUCUCGAGUUCUAACGGGAGUCUGUCCGUUUGGGGUUCAUUGGCCGCAAGUAUCCAAUCUGCUGCCCGCUAUUUCAACGAAGCAUUCCACGAGUUGAAGCCAGAGCGUAGCGGCGCCUCCUGGGAUCCUUCCUGGGCCACGGCGAUCGUGUCAAAGUAUCCUGGACUCGACCUGCUCGAUCGAAAUGCCGUAUUGGAUGGAUUUGAUGCAUCUGGAUCAUUGUCUGUAUCUGAGGCCUACGCUGACUUCCUCCUCGCUACCCUCUACAUCGUUCGUCAGCUGUACCAAAAGGCAGCAAAGGUCACAGAGGUUGCUGGCGUCAAGGCGCUGCAGCUGGAUGACAAGUUUAACGGAUCCGAGGGCGCUUUGGAACACCAAUACCUGCACUUCAUUUCUGCUCUAGCUGGGUUCGUCUUGCACGAAACCAGUGAGGAGCAGCAGCUCAGUCUCAAGGCACACGAAUUCGCCCUCAAUCUUUUCCGCGAUGAUGCCACCUCCGCCACAAACGGUGCCAUUGACGAGCAAUCCUCUGCCUGGGAUUGGCUCAUCGUUGGAAGACCGAACACCCUGUCUCUUGGAGUGCUAGAUGCCCUUCAUCCCUCAUCCGUGUCUCAUCUGUUCGAAUCUGGAAUUGCUCAGCACGUGCUGCUACGCGGUGUGACCAUCUCUGAUGAAGCCGAAGACUCUGUCUCCAGAGCAGUAUUCAGGUCCAUCUUGACUAUCCUCUCUAACAAACAUAAAAUCGAGACGGUUGAGUCUUUGAUAACACAGCUGAACCAGCAGGCAGAGACUGUUUUACAACAAGCCAAAAAUGCCGUUGGCGAGAACAACAGCUCAAUCUACACGAAAUCUCUGUCCCUUUUCGCCAUCGCCGCUGGAGUCCUCCGCCGGUUCUGUGGAAAGCAAAUCCAGCCACUCCUCAAGCUGCUUAGCGAAGUCCCUACGGCCGGCGCCACUGGCAAGCAGCUGAGCCAGCACCUGGAGCUCGUCGUUGCGCCGCAGGCGAUCCUCGCCAAGGAGAACUUCGCGGUCGUGAAGCCCCUGUGGAUGCAGAAGAUUUACUUCCAGCUGGUCAAACCUUUACUGGAGGCUGCGCUGGCGCCACCCGCUGCGGAUGCCCCCGCCAACAGCAAAGCGAGCAUCAACGUCGGCGUCCUCUCCCUCAUCAAGCACAUGGACUUCCCCAUCUACGAGGAGGACUCUGAGAAGGUCAUGCGGAUCGCCAUAUCGACCGCCCAGAGCGAUGCGGCCGGCGUCGCUGACACUAGGGCUGCGCUGGAGGUGCUGAAGAACAUCGUCGUCGAGUCCCCCGAUAAGGGCGAGUCCCACGCCCGCAGCAUCAUUGACAUCUGUGUUGGCGAGAUUUCUCCCAGGAAGACCUCGCGCGAGCGCGAUGCCGAGACUGGCAAGAUUGCCAUGGAGAUCAUGGUCGGACUGCCGCGGUUGUUCGAUUCGCGGCAUCUCCUCCCCCACCAGCCCCAGGUCGAGCGGGAGCUGGCACUGGCCUGUGGAAACCCAGUGCGAGAGUUACGAAAGCUGGCGAGGGUGGCGAGAGCAGCGUGGUCGGAUCUAAAAUAG